GGAACGAUGUGGAGGCAGGUCAACCGGUCUGAACUGUCAGCAAGGCGAUCACGUGCAUCGUCACAAAGUUUUUUUUUAUUUUUUCCCAAACUCCCAGCGCGUAAAUAGAAGUCAGAUCAAGCAAUCCAUCUCUUUUGACGAUCCGUUUGAUUCAUGAACUGUUAUCCGAGUUCUAAAAUUUGAUAUUUAGACUCUUAUAUAAUGUCAGCGUAUAAGGGGCCAACUUUUGAGUCGUUGGGGCUCUCAAAGCCCUUGGUGGAAGCUUUGGGUGCGAUGGCUAUCCGUCGGCCAUCUCAAAUCCAGAUAUCUUGUAUACCAGAGAUAUUGAAAGGUCACGAUUGUAUUGGUGGUGCUCGGACAGGCUCUGGAAAAACUGUUGCCUUUGCAGCUCCGAUAUUACAAAAAUUCUCGGAAGACCCAUAUGGCGUUUUUGCUCUGAUUCUCACCCCGACAAGAGAGCUUGCAUUACAAAUUUCAGAACAGUUUUCUGCCCUUGGGGCAUCGAUGAACUUGAAGCAGGCGGUCGUUGUUGGCGGCAUGGAUAUGGUUGCCCAGGGCAUUGCGUUGCAAAAGCGUCCGCACAUUGUGAUUGCAACUCCUGGUCGUUUGGCAGAUCAUAUACAAAGCAGCGGCGAAGAGGCUGUUGCAGGAUUACGGCGAAUCAAAUUCUUGGUACUCGACGAGGCUGAUAGAUUACUGACGCCAGGUUUUGCGCCGGACUUGGAGACAUGCAUGGGUGUUACAGCUAAAGGAAGAGAUAGGCAAACUCUCCUAUUCACAGCUACAAUUACCCCCUCAGUUCUGCAGCUAAAAGAUAGCUCGAAACAUAAUGUUUUCUUACACGAAGUCGAGACCAAUAGCAAGAUCUCGAUCCCAGACACACUGACUCAGAGUUAUAUAUUACUACCCAGUCAUGUUCGAGAGUCCUACCUAGUUUCUCUCCUGUCGAUGCCAGAAAAUGAGAAGAAGUCAGCUAUUGUGUUUGUUAACAGAACAACGACGGCCGAUGUAUUAAGAAGAGUUCUCCGAGCCAUGGAAAUCAGAGUAACGUCUUUACACUCAGGUAUAUCUCAGCGAGAACGAAUCGACUCCCUAAACAGAUUCAGAGCCGAAGCUGCGAGAGUUUUGGUUGCUACGGAUGUUGCUGGUCGAGGUCUUGAUAUCCCCCAAGUCCAGAUGGUAAUCAAUUUCGAUAUACCGGCAGACAGUGAUGACUAUAUCCAUCGUGUUGGUCGUACGGCUCGUGCUGGAAGAACUGGUGAAAGUAUAUCAUUUGUCUCUGAGCAUGACGUCUCCAGAAUUCAAGCUAUAGAAACAAGAGUCGGUAAGCAGAUGGACAAGUAUGAAGGCGUGCGCGAAAGUGAUGUAAUCAAAAACUGGCUGCAACCAGUGUCGAAUGCGCGAAGGGAGGCUUUGAUGGAUAUUGAAAAAGAAGCUGCCGGUCUCGUUGGUCCGAAGAAAAGAAAGAGGCGAGCAUAGAUAGGUAUUUGUAUCUCAAGAAAGAAGAUGAAGCAAGAUCUAUAUGUAGUCCGUGUGUCACAACUAGUCUAUGACGG